UUCUGCUCGUUUUUCGUAUGCUAUAGUAGUUAACGAUUGCUGCUAUAGGCCGAACAGGGCCGGCCAGACCUGAACGAGUCGACUGGUUCGGCUGAGCGGCCAGGAUUCGCGCGUUCUUAUAGACCUAUCCAGCAACCACAGAAAGCAGCACGAUCGUGCCCUGUUCAUCUUUAUCGCAAUAUACUAGCGAUUAGGGCCUGUAAUCUGGCAAUCGGACUAUCCGCCUAUUGGUCGGUUUUUACCGCAGGCUUCUGUUGCCGUUGCGCUUGGCGGCGGUGGCGGCGGCGGUGGUAGCGCUAGCAACGGCGCCAGCGCAUGCGCGCUGCGUCCACUGGAGUCAAUCGCGCUUGUGUUGUCAUCAUUAUCACCGUCAACAUCCAUUCGGCCUCCGGCGGCCCCAGCACGGUUGACAUCUCGUGAGCAAGCGCAGCACGACUAAUCACUGUAGCACAUCAAAGCUAGAUCCAAAAUACCUGCAACAGCAGCAGUAGUGCUAUUCAUAGUUAAUGGCGAUCGCGAUGAGCUGCUACUAGCACUCUGCUGGUCGGCCGGUAUCAUAGCAUCGCUUCUCUGUUAGCGGGCGCCGUCUUGGUGAACAGUGCGGUGUGUUGCCAUUUUACGUAGCUACACUGUUGUACCUAUAACGUUGGUGUUGGUGAUGACGACUGGAGUAGCAGCGGCGGCGGCGGCGGCGGUGGCGGCGACAGUGGUCAGCAGUAAAGGGCAGCGUCUGGCAGCAGAUCUAAUGCAAGUAUCGCACAUGUACGCCUGUGAAAUGUGCCGCGAUCCAGCAGAGUUCGCGAGAGGGCAGGCUAGGCUUUAGAAGAGGAAGAUUCGUUCGGUGGAGGGAGAUUUUGCGACUUUUAAGAGUAAAGACAUGUUCGAAAUUGGUGCUCACUACAGCUUUUGUUUUGUGAUUGGGCGUCUGGAGUGCGUAGGGCUACGAAGAGUUUUUUCGGUGUUUUUUUUUCGCCAAAAUGGUGCAAAUUGAACUAUUGCAAAUUCGAGGUUUGUGAUUAUCUCUACCUAAAACAAGGCGAAAUAAGCUUAGCCGCAUGUAUUGAUUUUGUUAGGGACGUAACUUGUGGUGCCUCAAUAGCUGAGAAGAGGUCAGCAGUUUGGUUGGAAAAGAAAUUACGCGUGGAGGUAACUGAACAGAUCGUUGCCUUUUAAUUUAGAAGCACGCCUACAGACAUGCGAAGUACGGUCGAUAAGUAAAACUCCACUUUGCUUAUCGUGUUGCCAGUUGAAACAACCAGAUGAACGAAAAAGACGUGUUCUAAACAUUACGUCCGAGGAAAAUGUAAUCCAAAAUCGAAGACAGGCAGUGAGACACGCCGCCGCCGCCGCCGCCGCCGAAUCAACACACAAGCAAACCGACAAGCUAAGUGGAGCAAUUGGAGCUUACGGGUAUUUUCCUAUUGGGACAAAAUGCACUCCACUUAAACAAUGACAUCUCUACUUGAUUAACGAAUGCACCAAACUGGCAAAUGUCGUGGACUAGUCUUCGAAAAAAUUGAACACGCCGUUUUACGGCCGCGUUCAGUAUUUCUGUGAUGUAAUUUCAUGCUCAGUAAACGCAAAUAAAUACAAGAAGUCGAUUUCUGUUAACGUAACAAACGAACGCAUUGAAGUUGUGGUUCACAUCUCGUAGGCAUAUGUAAGUGCGGAAAUAUGGUCGUGCACGAUACCCGUUCCUAGCUGAAACUUCGUUAUGCGCGGACAAUGUUCACUAGAUCGAAUCUAGUAGCUCUCGACUCUGACGUCUGUUAAUUCUGAUUGGAUUAAGUUCCAUCAAUGUGUUUUUACUCCGUGCGAUUCAAAGUGGCCUCGAAGCAUAUAAACCUCCGGGGAACGCUACGGUUUCAAUGCGCUGUCGACCUAUUACUUCGAAGUUAUACACCCUUGACAAAUACUCCAUUUUAGUGACUAUCCCUUGUUGACGGUGAGCCUACCUGCUAAUCAACAAGAGCUAAUAGCUACUGUAAUUAAAAUUCUGAAGAACUAUCACCAUGAAUCGACGUAGAAGAGACGCACAAGUAACAGCUGAGGGUGAAGCCCGAAUGGAUGUCCUGAAGAAGUUCGCCGCGACUCAGAUGCUAGCGGUUCACGCUGCGCGUCGCUCGAAACGGCAGCGAUUAGAGCGUGCCAUGACGACCCGAACGCUUCAGAACGUCGAAAAUCUGAUGAGAUUUCAAAAAGCCGGCAUGGCUAAUAGAAAAGAGGCUUUCGUUGAAUGUAUAGCGAAUAUGGGUACUCAGGCAAUCGAUGUCCUCUCACAAGCUAUCGAACUCGAAGACGUUACUCCGUUUAUUGCCCCUGUUACCAGCACGCCGGCAAGCGGCAUUCGGAUCCUCUCCAACGGCAGUCCAGUGCCUUCAGACAAUAUUAAUCAACAGGCCGCCGUGGACCUGACCAUUUUCUCGAACCGGGUGGACGCAACCACGGGUCUGAGUGGCCCUCGUCUACAGCAUUCGCCCUCGCAACGGCAGAAUCGACAGAAAACGCACCAACAACAACAACAAUCGGUAAUUACGCCGACACCACAGAGAACGAUUACGCCAAAUUCAAACGGCGCCGUUCAGCCGGAAGGUUUUAUUACGCCCGCUAGCGGCGUAUCAAGCUUAAGUGUCACCCUCGAAGCGAUCCCGGACGGGCAAUUUUUCGAUUUGUUCCGGUUGAAACGGGACACGUUUCUUUACCUGUACGAGGAACUUUGCCCCUACCUGGAAGGAGAUUCCUACAGCGCUCAGCUCAAUAUAGCGAUCGCAUUGUGGGUCCUGGGCGGCUCGGAGCCCCUUCACACGCCGUUGCUACUGAUACCGGAGGAGCAGCGAACGGAAUGCACUCUGGAUUUUUGUCGUUGCGUCACCAGAUGUUUAAUGCCAAAGGUAAUUUCAAUAAAUGAUCGAAUGGAUACAACAAUGUGGAACUUUCAGUGCAAAUUUGGCCUUCGAAAUUGUGCGGGUGCAUUGAAUUUUACCCAUAUUCCUGUGCAUCUCGGGGAUAAUCUCAAAGACGAUUCGUGCGAAUACGUAAACCAAGCUGGGUUCCGCUCAAUUAUAAUGCAGGCUGUGGUGUCGUCAGAUUACCGAUUCUGUGAUCUCUCCAUUGGCUACCCAGGUCGAACUCCAGUUGAUCGAGUCUUAUACAAUAGCGCUCUAUGGCGUAAAGCUGAGUCCGGUGUAUUGUUUCCAACAUCACCAGGAGAACAUCUAGGCCCCAAUCAGGGCCCCCAUCCUUACCUUAUAGCUGGUACGUGCUAUCCGUUGUCGGAGCGGAUUGUCACCCCGUUUCAGGCGCCAAAGUUUAGUGAUAUCGAGAAGCGUUUUAAUAAUUCGAUCUACAAUGCUCUUAGUGUUACGCAAAGGGCCUUCAAACUGCUACGAUCAAGGUUUCCCUUCCUUUUGGAUUUGUCUGGUGUCGCUGUAGAGGACGCGCCCUCGGUAGCAGCGGCAUGCUGUGUUCUCCAUAACGUCUGCGAGGCCAGGGGCGAGAUAACGCGCUCGUCUUGGGAGGCAAAAGCGACCUCACGACAACACCAUCAUCUAACAAUGGCGCAGGGUCAAGCUGCUCUUGAACACGAACCUGAUCUUGAAGCUGUCCUUUUUCGUGAAAUGGUCAAGAACUCAAUGAUUCACAACUAUGAUCGUAAAUUUUAAGUGAACGAACGGAUUUGGCAAAAAUAGGCUAAUUAAUAGUUAGCUGCAACAUUUGUUGUAACUAAUGUGUACUCGUAUAUAUAUAUACAUAUGU